UUGGAAAUUUGGAUUACAAAUCAACUGACACAGUUUUAGGGUACCAAGCUGAUCUGACCUUUAAAUCAGAACAACCAAUUUUCAAGAAGGCGUAUCAAGUUCCAUACAAGAUCAAAGACAAAUUUAAUGAGUAUUUGGACAUGUUGGAGCGACAGGGAGUGAUCACACCGAUCAAGGCGAGCGAGUGGGCUUCGCCAGUUAUUGCGAUUGUGAAAAAGGAUGGGGAUUUACGCAUGAUUCAAAUUGGGCGACACGUGGCUACGGCGCACAGACAUCAGCUGAAGGCGUUGCACGUUCCCAAACGUGGGUCCGCGAAGAUGUGUUUUGCGGCCAACAGUUACAAACGCAACUUCUCCUCAAUCGAUGACGAUGGAGGAUUACUCGGGCAUUCGAGGGAUUACGCGGUGUAUCGUAAGCAGAGAAAGGUUGACAACGAAUCCCGCAGUCCUGUUAGAACGAGGUCGAGGGCCAGAUUGGAGAACCAGCAGGGACACAAUUAG